AUGUCGUCGCGUUCGGGCUCGCCGACACGCAGCGCAUGGGACAACCGCGCCACACUUCGCUCAUACAAUAUCGAGGUAGAUGCGGCUCGGGCGCUCCCACACGAGCUCCAGGAGCACGUCGACCAUGUCCUCUUGCGGGCGCGGACUCAACCGCCGUCGCCGAAUGCAAGGCGCAUCGUGCAGACACGGCUGGCGGCGUCGCUGGAGAAUGAGAGUACGGGCAUUCGCAAGGUGGAGCCGCUGCUUCUCUUCGCUGGCGAGGAUGACCCCACAGCCCUCAAUGCGGUGCCCAGACUAUCGAGCAAGCUCAACUUCAACCUCUCACGCGAUUUCCUCCCACCUGUGCCACCAGGAAAGGACCUCGUCCGGCUGUCGCAGCCCCAGCCCGAUACGGCCAUUGGAUACCUCUCCAACCACCAAGCCUUGUCGGUCGAUCCCCAAUUGGCCACGGCUUUUAGUGUCGAAGAAGAGGAAGCCUUGGGCAGCUUUACACUGAAUUCUAGCCUCAUGUUCCCUUUUCUGACAUCGCAGUGGAAGCCCGCCACGGGCGAAUCCCACAUGAUUGCGCACGCCCAAAGCGCUCGCGACGGCGCCACCAUCGUCCGGUACCUCGACGAAUUCUAUCAGACGGCUUAUACACGACAUUCGACACUGCUCGAAAGUUCGCACAUCUCGCUGACGUGUGACAUUCAGGCGGUCAAUAUAUGGAUACACUGGCGGGAGGUGGAUGCCAUGGGCGCGACGAGAUACUACAUGAAGAGCAUCUACGACUGCACCUUGCGCAACGAGAAAUACCUCGUUGAGGCGAGGGCAAUACUCUGGAAUCACAUUGACAAUGCGCUUGACGCACGAUUACAGUCGCUCAAGGCAGCACUCAAGUCCUUCAGGGAUAGAUAUCCCAAGAUCAAGGCCACCAUGGCCAAGAGUCGUGCCUCGUCCAAGGCUUCUGCUUCCGUGGCAUCGAGUAUUGCCUACGUCUCGCUUCCGCCCACGCCGUCAUCCAAUGAUACCGAAUUCGAGCCCGUCAAGGGGGACAGGAAGCGGCAAAAGAUAGGGUGA